AUGGCUAGAAAUUUUGAUGAUAUGUUUAAUGAGGCUUUGUAUGGCAAAAGAAGACGGCAAGAUAACACACUCAUAGAUAAUUGGUUCGAUGAGUGUUUACUCGAAGAUUCAGAAGAAGAAGAUAUCGAUAGAAGUUCUAUCCCAAUUACUCGUAGAUGGAUCAACAGAGAUCGAGAAGCAGGACAUCAUCGCCUUUUCCAAGAAUACUUUGUAGAUGAAUCGGUGUAUAAUGCUGACAUUUUCCGACGGAGAUUUCGAAUGAGAAGACAUGUGUUCCUUCGGAUAGUAGAUGCUCUCUCAAAUGUCUAUCCGUAUUUCCAACAGAGGGUUGAUGCAACUGGAAGAAGAGGCUUGUCGCCACUCCAGAAAUGUAUCGCUGCGAUACGGAUGUUAGCAUAUGGCAUAUCAGCUGAUGCUGUUGAUGAUUAUGUGCGCAUAGGCGAGAGCACUACAAUUGAAUGCUUGGAAAAAUUUGUUGAAGGUGUCAUUUCGGUGUUCGAGGAUGAAUACUUGCGAAAACCCAAUCCAAAUGACGUACAACGCCUGCUACAAAUGGCGGAGGGUCGUGGCUUCCCUAGCAUGUCGGGUAGCAUUGACUGCAUGCAUUGGCAAUGGAAAAAUUGUCCGAAGGCGUGGAAAGGUAUGUACAUGAGUGGUUAUCGUGGGGUUACAACCAUAGUACUUGAGGUUGUAGCAUCUUCAGACCUUUGGAUAUGGCAUGUGUUCUUUGGAGUUUGA